AUGGGAGCGAGAUUCAUUUCUGAACGGUUGCCCCUCACCGCAAACGAAGGGUGUAACCCAAGGGGGUGGGUUUGGAGGGCAGUGCGAUCGCCUUGGCGAGACCCCAGGUGUGUAACGGACGCGUCUGCUCAAAUGAAUUCCCCCUUUUUUAUGUUUUAUUUCAUCGGAAACAAAUGGGCGCCAGAGACCCCCACUUUAAAAUUUGAACUGGGACACGGCGCCUUCUUCAAGCGGGGGGAAGAACGGGAUGAGGUGCGACAGAAUAUCGAUAGAGAAUUGUUUGGACUGUUUGAAUGGAGUCAUUUUCUUUUUUUUGUGUGUGCUUGGACCCUCGUGCGAAAUGCAAUCCCAAUAAUGCAGGAAUACUCCUCACUCUGUGCAAAGUUAUAA